GUCAAGUGUCAACCAAACAACCACAAAAUUCCUACGCAAAAAUAUUUCACGGAAAUGUAACCAGAAAUCGGUGCAAAAUGAGUGCUAUAUUAAAAUUUAUACGUGAAAAUCAUAUUUUGGCAAUAAUAGAACACGCUGUUGCCAAGAAGAAGUCCCGUAUCAGUUUAAAUUCGUACGAAAUAACCGAAAUACCAACGUUACUCUAUACGUGUUUGGACGUCGAGCAUCUUUAUUUACAUCUUAAUAACAUAACAAAUGUACCUGUCCAAAUAACACAGCUGCUAAAUUUAACUACAUUGACUCUAGAUUACAACAACAUUAGUGCAUUACCAUCCGAGAUCGGGAACUUGAAAAAUUUAGUGAAUUUAAAUAUCAGUUACAAUCCGUUGAAAGUGUUGAUACCAGAAAUUGGCGAUUUGGAGAACCUAGAAGCUUUUUGGUGUAACAAAAUAGGUUUAGAAGAAAUACCGAAGGAGAUUGGUAAGCUAUCGAAGUUGGAUACCUUCGGCGCGCGAGGCAACAAACUCAAAACCAUUCCUGAGGAAAUGACAAAAUUAACAAAACUAAGAUGGUUGACAUUGGACCGAAACCAAAUAGAAACUUUACCAAAUUGUAUGGACCGUAUGGAGGGCCUUAUUCAUUGCAACCUGAAGAAUAACCAGCUGAAAGAGUUCCCGACCUCUGUACUGAGAUGUCCAGAACUUAUGUUUCUACAGUUAUAUAAUAAUGAGAUCUCAGCGAUGCCGCGCGAGUUUGACUACAACACAUUGCAGGUUAUGGAGAUGAUUGACAUCCGACUGAACCCCGUCUGUGAACUCUCACAUCCUGCGCACCCAGUCAUACGCUACACGGACACAGAUACACAGGCAUCAUCGAGUCACCAACAUGGCGCUCAGGCGUUGGCGGUGAAUGCCACAGCGUUGAGGCUGCCGGCUGCGCCCGCGCCGAGGUUACCUGAUCCGGCGUUGUACGACAUGGACAUGGAGGUGUCGUCGGUGUCGUCGGAGGACUGGGAGAACAGCGUCGACAGCGCCGAGCUCGACGUGCACUACCACAGCGACGACGACGAGAGAGCCGCCGACGACGUAAUUGGAAUGGCAUUACCAGAGUUGUCAAGAUACGCAUCCACAGCAAGCUGAAUAUUAAACUGUUUUUGUGAUGGCAACAUUCGUUCCUAAGUUACAAAUAUGGCAAAUCAGUUUGAAGUGAGAAUUUGAAAGAAGAAGGAGAGCUUUGGCGCCAAAUUACUUGACAGUUAGUUUUUUUAGAAUUAUUUUUCUUUUUAUUUCAA